AUGACUGGGGACUCUCUGCUCCCGUAUCACACGGCCCAGAGCAGCACCGGGGUGGGCCUGUUCAACACCACCGUGGGGAAGCUGCAGCAGCAACUGCACAAGGGCGAAUACGACAUAUUCAGGUACGCACCGAUAUUCGAGAGCGACUUUAUCCAGAUCACGAAGAGGGGAGACGUGAUCGACGUGCACAACUGUGUCUGCAUGGUGACCGUGGGCAUCGCAUCCAGCAGCCCCGUCCUCCCACUCCCAGACAUCAUGCUGCUGGCCCGAUGGGCCACCGGCUGUGAAGAGCACGCUGAGCGCAGCCAGGCCACCAAGGGGAAGAGCCACAAGGCUGCAAAGACCUUAGAGCUCACCAGGCUCCUUCCCUUGAAGUUCGUGAGGAUCUCCGCUCACAAUCGUGAGAAACAACAGCUGCGCGUGAAGUUUGCCACUGGCCGCUCCUGCUACCUGCAGCUGUGUCCCCCUCUGGACGCGCAGGAAGACCUCUUUGCCUACUGGGAAAAGCUGAUUUACCUCCUGCGACCACCAGUGGACAGUCACAGCAGCACCUAUGCCAUUCCAGCCGGGGACAUGAUCGGCAUGCCUGUGUUCGAGGAGGAGGACGGGCGGAGCCCGGCAGGGGAGGAUUUCCAAGGAGAGUGGGAUCAGGACCAGGUCAGCAUCAGGAGCCUCCACAUGCGCUCUGAGGUGGCCGGGGCCACGUCUGCAGCGUUUGCUGGGGGGGAGGGGAUCCAACUGGACUCCCACAAGCCCGCUACCGUGCCCGAUGUGGCCACUGCAAAAGCAAAGCCUACGGUGCUUGACAAAGAGUCAGCAUCGGGGGCAACGACAAAGGUGGAGACAGCAUGGGUGGCAGGAGGCACCGCAGCGGGUGCUUUGAGCGUGGCAGUGAUCAAGUCUCCUGCCCCUGAAGAGCAGAGCACCGCCACGGCGGCCACAGCCAGCGACGGUCCAGGAGGAAGCAAAACCAAUAUAGCCACUGGGGGCACUGCCGGAACAGCCCUGAGGAGCAGGAAAACGGCCCUGGCAGGUGCUGCGGACAAUUCACAGUAUGCUUCCAGCACGUCCACCAGCCUCUCCCCAGAGGCCGGCAGGACUGCGGUCGGAGCAGAACCUACCAUGGAAAGCCACCACAAGGCAGCGGGGAACAAGGUAAUCCAAAAAGCAGCUGGCCGGUGCUCAGGCGGCCGUAGAGCCACUAGAGACGACCAGAAGGAGAAAGGCCACGGCAGCCCGGGGGGCAGCGAGCAGGGCACUGGUCACAAAGGCGUCAGCCGUGCUCCCAUCACCAACGAGCCCAGGACCUCGCACAAACCGGGCAGGAGCUUAUCUACAGCGAGUUCAGCUUCCGCCACCAAGAGAUUCAGCAGGAUCAGCUCCUUCUUCAGGAAUAUCAGAGCCAGUCUUACUAGAAAGACAGCGGGCUCAUCACGCGAUAAAGGUGUGAACAUCCUGGCGAAGGCAGUGGAAGGGACCCGAAUGGAGGCCAUCAUAGAGACAGCAGAGAGUGGCCAGGGGCUGGAAAUCACUGGUGGUGUGACAUCUGAGGCCAUGGAGCCAGUGACCAUUGAAGCCCAUCAAUAG